AUGAGCAGUAGUUGAGACGUAGUGAAACAUUUAGGAAGCAAUUUUUGAAAAAUUUUUAGUAAAUGGAUGUUUUAAAAGAAUACUUUAGUAAAGCUUUGCUAAUACUAUUAUUAGCCAUAACAGCGAGUGAGGGUCAAAAUAAUGUUUGUUUAAAUCAUGCCAUGGGAGAGUUUGUAGCAAAUCCUUUGGAUUGCAAAAAGUUUUAUUUAUGCGGUUUAAACGGUGAAGCGGUGCCAGCCAGUUGUCCCCCGAAUAUGCUUUUCAAUCCGGUCAGUAAAAUUUGCGAUACCCAAAGCAAUGUUAGAUGUGAAGCAACCACCACCUUGGCUCCUCCUCCUGCAACAACUCAAGUCACUACCACUGUAUCACCUAUAGCAUCUGUAGUGGAUUAUUGUUUAAAUCUUUAUACCCAACAGCCAAGUGCAGAUGCUUUGAUUUUUGUGGCUCAUCCCUCCAGUUGUCAUCAAUAUUAUAUGUGUUACUAUGGCCAGGCUUUGUUGCAGGAAUGCAGCACCGAUUUACAAUGGAAUUCCCGUAUUGGCAAAUGUGAUUUACCUAGCAAUGCUAAGUGUCAUAAAGAAGAUGGUAAUAUGCCUGUACCCGUGGCACCUACAGAAUCCCCUUCUAUAGGCAAUGCUAAUGGCAUUGUAUGUCCUGUGUAUGGUCAACAUAUAUUUCCACAUAUGCAACGUUGUGAUUUCUUUAUAUAUUGCGUUAAGGGUCAUGCUAUUUUACAGCAAUGUCCCUUUUAUCAGUACUUCGAUGUGGAGAGCAGUCGUUGCAAAUGGCGUAAGGUGGCUCUUUGUAUUAAGGAUUUGAAGUUAGUAUUUCGACUUAUAAUCUUAUUGCUGGCUGUGCCUUUUCUAAGCGCCUUUAAAUAUGUGGCUAAACCUCGUUUGACAGACUUUUGCUUGGGCCAUGAAUGGGGAGAAUUUGUGGCCAAUCCCAAUGACUGCAAACUUUUCUUUUUAUGCGGUAAAAAUGGUGAAGGUGUAGUGGCCUCUUGUCCACCAAAUAUGCUGUUUAAUGAUCAAACUAAACUAUGUGAUAAUGCGGAAAAUGUGGAAUGUGAGGAAGUAGCUUUAGCUGAGGAGGAGGCGUUACCUAUUGCUACCUUCACCACCAAAGCCCCUAGCAUGAUCACCACCACCACCACCACCGUGAGACCUCCAAAAGCUGAUCAAUAUUGUUAUAAUUUGUAUGCUAUGCAGAGUAAGAAAUAUACCUUAGUAUUCCUGCCUCAUCCAGGCAAUUGCCAACAGUAUUAUAUGUGUUAUCAUGGUAAAGCUUUACUACAAUCCUGUAGUCCUAGACUUAAUUGGAAUUCUAAAUUGGGUAAAUGUGAUUUACCGUCUAAUGCUGAAUGUGUUAUAACCAAAAAUGAAGAAGAUUAUGACGAGGAGGAUGAGGUUUUAACUUCUUUAGAGGAACCUAUAUGGGGCAAUAGCGUUAAGUGUCCUUUAUAUGGCGAGCAUAUAUUUCCCCAUACCCAGAGAUGCGAUUCAUUUAUAUUUUGUGUCAAAGGUCAGUCUCUAUUGCAGAGUUGUCCUUUUUAUCAGCAUUUUGAUGUGGAGAGCGCCCGCUGUAAGUGGCGCCAUAAGGCUACAUGUGUUAAGGAUUUAAAUUUGGAAUAUCAAGAUAAAAAUUAG